AUGUCUGUGCCCAAAAAACGUAACCAGGGGAAGUUACCACCUUCCACUAAGGACGUGGACGAUCCUUCGUUGAAGUACACGAAGACCGCGCCUAAAUGUGAACAAAUCGCUGAACAUUGGCUCUUGCAGCCACUACCGGAGCCGGAAUCUCGUUAUAGCUUUUGGGUAACAGUUGUUACUUUAUUAGCGUUUGCUGCCAGAUUUUAUAAGAUCUGGUAUCCAAAGGAAGUUGUUUUUGAUGAAGUUCAUUUUGGAAAAUUUGCAUCUUAUUACUUAGAAAGGUCUUAUUUCUUUGAUGUUCAUCCCCCUUUUGCUAAGAUGAUGAUUGCCUUCAUUGGUUGGCUAUGUGGCUAUGAUGGUUCUUUUAAGUUUGAUGAGAUUGGGUACAGUUAUGAAACUCAUCCAGCUCCAUACAUCGCGUACCGUUCUUUCAAUGCGAUAUUGGGCUCAUUAACUGUACCAAUUAUGUUUAACACCUUAAAGGAACUAAAUUUCAGGGCUAUGACAUGUGCGUUUGCAUCUCUGUUGGUUGCAAUCGAUACUGCGCAUGUUACAGAAACUAGAUUGAUUCUACUGGAUGCCAUCUUGAUUAUUUCUAUUGCUGCCACUAUGUAUUGCUACGUUCGUUUCUACAAGUGCCAAUUGCGUCAACCAUUUACAUGGAGUUGGUAUAUUUGGUUACACGCUACUGGUUUGUCUUUAUCGUUCGUCAUUUCCACAAAAUAUGUUGGUGUCAUGACAUAUGCUGCUAUUGGUUUUGCUGUUGUGGUAAACUUAUGGCAAUUAUUGGAUAUUAAGGCGGGUUUGUCUUUAAGGCAGUUUAUGAGACAUUUUAGUAAAAGGCUGAACGGCUUGGUGUUGAUUCCGUUUGUGAUUUACUUGUUUUGGUUCUGGGUUCAUUUCACCGUUUUGAACACUUCAGGUCCAGGCGACGCAUUUAUGUCUGCUGAAUUCCAAGAAACACUGCAGGACUCUCCCCUAAGCGCUGACUCCAAGAUAGUCAAUUAUUUCGAUGUUAUCACUAUCAAACAUCAAGAUACUGAUGCAUUCUUACAUUCACACUUGGCGCGUUACCCACAACGUUAUGAAGAUGGUCGUAUCUCAUCCGCCGGUCAGCAAGUUACUGGUUAUACGCAUCCUGACUUCAAUAAUCAAUGGGAGGUGUUGCCACCACAUGAUAGUGAUUUUGGUAAAGGGCAAGCUGUUCUCUUGAAUCAACAUAUUAGAUUAAGACAUGUGGCCACCGAUACCUACUUGUUAGCCCAUGAUGUUGCCUCACCAUUUUACCCUACGAAUGAAGAAAUUACUACAGUAACCUUAGAAGAAGGUGACGGGGAGUUAUAUCCUGAAACACUCUUUGCAUUCCAACCAUUGAAAAGGUCCGAUGAAGGCCAUGUUCUAAAAAGCAAAACCGUUUCUUUCCGUCUUUUCCAUGUCGAUACUUCCGUAGCUUUGUGGACUCACAACGACGAACUAUUGCCGGAUUGGGGGUUUCAACAACAAGAAGUUAACGGUAACAAAAAAGUCACCGAUCCUUCGAAUAAUUGGGUUGUCGAAGAAAUUAUUAACUUGGACGAAGCUCGGAAGGUAUACGUUCCAAAGGUUGUCAAGUCAUUACCGUUCUUGAAGAAAUGGAUUGAAACUCAAAAAUCUAUGUUCGAACAUAACAAUAAACUAUCAUCAGAACAUCCCUUUGCCUCUGAACCUUACAGUUGGCCUGGAAGUUUAAGUGGUGUUUCGUUCUGGACUAACGGUGACGAAAAGAGGCAAAUAUAUUUCAUUGGUAACAUCAUUGGGUGGUGGUUCCAAGUCAUUUCGUUAGCCGUUUUCGUUGGCAUUAUCGCGGCCGAUGUAAUUACGAGACAUCGUGGCUACUAUGCUCUAAACAAGAUGACAAGAGAAAAGUUAUAUGGCCCAUUGAUGUUUUUUUUCAUCUCCUGGUGUUGCCACUAUUUUCCAUUCUUUUUAAUGGCGCGUCAAAAGUUUUUGCAUCAUUACUUACCAGCUCAUUUAAUCGCUUGUUUAUUCUCCGGAGCACUAUGGGAAGUAAUCUUUAGUGAUUGCAAAUCGUUGGACUUGGAAAAAGACGAGGACAUUUCAGGCGCAUCAUAUGAACGGAACCCUAAGGUCUACGUUAAACCCUAUGCCGUCUUCUUAGUGUGUGCUUCUGUUGCUGUUGCGUGGUUUUUUGUAUACUUUUCACCAUUGGUAUAUGGAGACGUCAGCUUGUCACCAUCAGAAGUUGUUUCUAGAGAGUGGUUCGACAUAGAAUUAAACUUCUCAAAAUAA